AUGUCUAGUCCCGCAGUGACAACCGGCGUUCACGCCGGACUCGAUCACAACUCAACAGUUGUGGUAACGGUUGUCAGUUUGUUAAUUUGCGGGUUGGUUUAUGCCCCCUGCAAGCCUCUAUCAACUUAUCUCGACGCCAGCAGAAACGCAAUAAUUGAAAUCGAUGAGGGAGGCGUGAAAUGGAAGGGCAACCAGGCCCAAACGCGGAAAUACCUUAAUCUCCGCAAAGACGCAGAUUAUAAGAAUACUACCUAUACAUCAAUGCAUGAGGCUGACCACCUUGCAAGUCAAGGCAAAGACAUAUCGGGUUCUAAAAAGCCAAAGCCAAAGACAUGGCUCCAAUGGCUCCAAGGCAUGCAAUGGGGAUCGAAAGACCCCAACCCCCUUCUCCCAACAACCACCUCGCCUACCGGCUCUACCACCUCUACCUCCGCCGCACUUGCAAGGGAAAAUCCCCUCGGCCAUGGACGGUAG